AUUUCAAAUAGUAACGCUUUUCGCCGAGCGAUGCCACCCCGCCGAGGAAAUGCAGCAUUUACCGUGUAUCGUGCACCUGGUCCCACCGGCGAUUGUUGUGAUGUAUCGAUACAACAACAACAUCCCCAGCUUUCUAUCUACGUCGUUUGUUGCAGCAAAUAAAUAAGUUUUAAUUGAUUGUGCGCCUCUAAAAUGUACGAAUUGUGGCUAAUGCCGUGACCAACUGCAGUGCAGUGCCCCCGUGAUUGGCAAAAAUGUUAAAUCGGUCAUUUCAGGCAGCAGAAAAGGCCUAAAGUGUCCAUAAAACGCCAAGGGAAAAAAUCUUUAGAAUCGAAUUCGAACAAUUCAAACACACACACCUAGUGCCGUACCGUUCGCACACCGCCGAGCAGUACAGUACCGCAGUGCGUGAGAGCGAGACAACUAGCGUGUCGGCAGAUAACAUACAUUUGUGUACCUACCUCUCUUCCAAGUGAAGAGCGAGUGGAGUGAUGAGCGAAUCUCUGGCCUUGCAAGUGGAGGAGACCAAGGUGUCCGAAGAAGAUAAUGUGAAAGAGAAAGCUGAAGUGUCCACGUCAAAAGUUCCCGCGGGAUCGGCAAUGAAGGUGGACACCGAUGACACUGGUGGUCAGCAGCAGGCGCAAAGUGAUCCGGGAGAUAAGGAGAAAUCUGCCACGGUGGACAUAAACACACUCACCCCCUCGACGCCUUCGCAAACACCGCCACAACUGCUGGCCGUUGAAACUGCCACAUCGGGGAGCACGGCCGUCAUCCCGGAGAACAUCCUGUCGCCGCCCAAGUCAGAAACCCAAACGGAUGAGACCAACACGGCCACAUCGACAUCUUGCUCCCCGGCCUCCGAGGGCCAGCGAUCUCCCGCGGCGAAGCAACAGUCAACGGCUCCUCCGUCAAAGCAGCAGAAGGAGCAGGCUCAGCCCACAGCAGCGGUCAAUGGCUCCAUACCAAAGACGUCGGGAAAGCCUCUUUCCUCCGCGCUAAGUGGCAAAAAGCCCAGCAAGGCGCCCUCCACGUCACCACGCGCCUCCCGAUCCCGCAAACCCAAGGCGCUGCCCAUGUACGAAAGCGAGAUCAGCGACAACAAGGUGGGCAUCAAGCUGUGCAUCAAGAAGUCCGAUGCCGGAGACGGUGCACCCGCUGGAGCCACAUCUCCCCCAGUCGCUGUUCCCGCUGCCUCCAAACCGGUGCGCAAGCGCGUCCGCAAACCAAAGCAACAGGACAGCGAUGAGGCCGAGUAUGAGCCGCGCAAGAAAAAAGGUGGAGGAGGUAGCGGUGGCGAAAAGAAGGUUUCAACGAGUUCGGAUCCGGAGGCAGCCGGUGAGCCGAUCGAGCAGAGUGUCUGGGCCCAAAAGCUGCCAGAAGAAGUCCUUUUCAGGAUCUUCGAACAUGCUGUUGACACACAGGGCUGCUUGCCCACCCUGUUUCGCCUUGGCAGAGUCUGCUCCCUCUGGCGCCAGGUUUCCCUUAGGCCCACCCUGUGGCGCACCAUGGAUCUGACCACAUGGGUAAAGGAGAAGUAUCGCACUGAACUGAAGCUCAAGUGGUUCGUGGACAACCGCUGCAGUGCCUGUACAGAGCUGAAUGUUUCCAACUGGAAAAUAUCGGACAUCAAUUGCUUCCUUGCCAAGUUGUCAAGCGGUUGCCCGAAUCUCGCUGGCAUUACGCUGUCCGGUUGGAAGGGUUUCACCUCGGAUCAUCUCACAUAUUUAGUGGAUAACAUGCACAAGUUGCAACGCUUGGACUUGAGCUCCAUUAAUGUUGAGAUGAAUGCCAGCAAAAGUGCUGUGGGUGUCAACUCGCUGUGCAAUGCAUUACAAACCAUGGGCAGUCGCCUAACGCAUCUCUAUUUGGCGCACAACCGUUUGGCGGGUAUUCCUCAAAUAGUCGGAAUUCUUUCGACGCACUGUCCGAAUCUAACGUUAUUGGAUCUCUCAAAUGUGACCACUCAGGCCACAUCGCACGGCGUACUCCACAUUGAGAAGCUGCAACGCGGCUGCCAAAAGCUUAAAGUUCUGCGGGUGACAAACUCUCACAUAACGCCGAGCACGGCAUCAAUGCAGGAAAUUAUGGAUUCCCCCGGCUUUCCUGAUCUGGAAGAACUGUCCGUGGCUGCCUUGACAGAUGAAUCACGCAUCAUUAGCGACGAUCAUUUACAGCGCAUCCUGAAGAGCAGCUCCAAGCUCAAGCUGCUAGACGUGCGUAACUGCACGCGGCUGACACACGAGAGCCUCAUCCGCCUACCAGCCUGGGAUAUCAAGCAUUUAUUCCUGUCAGGCUGCUCAGUCACACGAGAUAUGGGGUCGGGCCUGGAACUCAUUGCCUCCAAGUGGGCGCACAGUCUUAUUGAAUUGGAUCUGGCUUGGGCGAAUAUGCAGCAGCCCAUAGACAAUGCCCUGCGUGCCCUCGCCGAAAAGGGCAGGGAGUCCCCGAUGGCUCACUUAAAUCUGUGUGGUUCGUCCGUUUCCGAUGAGGCGGUAAAGGAAAUACUGACGAAUUGCCGGAAGAUGAGCUCCAUCAACUUGGCAUCGUGCCGAGGACUGCCGCGUGGAGUCAAGCGUCUCAUGCAGGGAACUCAGGAGCUGGGCGAACUGCGCGAGGUUCUAGGCGUGCAGCUGAAGAACAGCAGCGGGAGCAACUAAUCCAGUCAGUGGGCGAGUCCACACACACACACACACACACACACAUCGGUUUUAUUGUUGAUCAGGCGGGCCAAGUUUAAAUGUAAUUUAAAUUGUUGCAUCCCUCUUUGCGCGAAAGGCGUUUAGCGCUUUGUUGAUUUUGUAAUGUAGUCGGCAAACAUAUUGCAAUAUUUGCAAAUUUGCAAUCGCUUGCAUCUUCCAAUAAUGCUUAUUUUGUUCAUAGGCCCUAGAGUGUAAUUAUUGUACUAUUGUACUAGUUUAGUAUUCUCCGCACAGCGGCAGCAGCGAGAUCCUCCCUUUCUGGAGGUUCCCGCAUAUAGAUGCUGUGCGAACGAGCAACCUUUUGUAAAUGCAAUAUGUAUUCAUAAUUUAGUUGAUUCGAAUUUUUUGCAGCGCGAAAAUCAUUCACUUUCGAGGACAACCGUUUGCAACGAUUUUCAAUGAUUUUUUUUUAUUAUAUAGGUAUAUCUAUAUAUAUAUAUAUUUACUGAUUUAUUGUUAAGUCCGACCAUUGAGCGUUUGUAAAGUAUGUAUACAAGAAUUUAAAUUAAGUUUAAAGUGUAUGUUUUGCAAUACAAAAACCAUAUAUUUACCAUAAAGUAGUCGUCAAUUCAAAGUCGCUAACUAAGGCAAUUUGUAGAAUGUUUUAACCCGAUAGAACUGUACAUAUUGGCGUUAGAGAAACUUUCCGAUUGGAUGUUUUUAUAUACAAAAUAACCAUUAAUAAAGGUAAAGCAUAUACCACACAUAAAUAACAUAAAUUAAAACAAUUCAAUUGUUAAGCAUUAUUAGCAGUUAAGAGACGGCAAUUAAAGGUACAUUUAAUUUAAAAUAAACGCAAACAUUUUCAAUCUA